CUGCCUUCAGGAAGUGCCGAGUCUUCAGAGUGGAUUUCGGUUUGGACUGUUUUUGUUCCUAAACAAAGUGCGAGUCAUUGCGCGGGGACUGGUAAAGUAGGUUGAAGCGAUUGAUAGAUUUGUUGUAAUUUACGUCACAUUUAUUUGCUUUAUAUAUUCGGUAUAUAUAUAUUAAAAAAAUGGGUCCUGGAUAAAGAGAAUUUUCGAGAAACACCGGAGUACGGGGUUUCGAUUGCAAGCAGGGAUGAGCAGAGGCCCGCGGCUGUUUCAUUAAGCUUAGCGAGGACUGUUGAAGUAACGUUACGGACUCACCGGCAUUGUGCCCAAAGACCCGGAGAACACACUCCAAAUUAUACACGUUUUGCCCCUUGAUUCUGUUUUGGGAGAGUUCUAACUUGUUACAUCGCCAAGAUAGCUGGACCGGGCAGAAAGCGGCAUACCUCAGAACCAGACCCCAGCAGCAGCGACGCAGGCGACGGGCGUCCCGUGAGCGCUAAGUGCCUGAAGAUGGCCAGCAGCACUGAAUCAGGCCGGCGGAAUGGGGGUCAGCGCAGCGCCGAUGACACCACCAGUAAGAAGAAGCAGAAGGACAGGGCCAACCAAGAGAGCAGGGAGGCCAAGCGAGCAGCAGCAGCAGGAGACAAUGCAGAGCACAAGAAAGAUGUGUUUGUGGACUGGAAGCAGAAUGCGAAUGAGGUGACAGUGAGGCUGCGCUGUGGAGAGGGGGUUCAGAGUGUGGAGGACGUCACCACUACCUUCACGGACACAGACUGUCAGGCCUGCUUCCCAGAUGGGCGCCAGUGGGACUGUCACCUGCAUGAGGAGAUUGAGGGCUCCUGCAGCAAAGUGCAGUACAAAGAGAAGUACGGCUUCCUGCUUUUGGUCAUGCACAAGAAGAUCCCCUUUCACUCCUGGCCCUCCCUUAAGCAAACUAAAAAGGAGAAGGAGCCUGUGAACGUGCAAGCCAAGAACGGCAAAGAGCAGAAACCACCGCCUGUGGUAAAGCCAGAGAAAUCUGUUGCUGAGACGGCAGACAAGCCCAAACUGUCCACCCAGCCGUCUGCCCCGCCGGCACAGAGUGAACAGAGACGUGGCAAAGUUGAGCGAGGUGUCAAACGCACCAUGAAGAACAAACCAGCAGCAGACAGACCAGAAUCUGGGGUGAAGGCAGAAGAUGAGGAGACCAAGCCUCUCAGUAAAGGGGACCUGCUUCAGGAGCCUAGUGCCAAGCGCACCGUCUGUCCCUCCAAGGACCCUACUUCACAGACACCCAGGGAUACACACCCCAAGUCCACAGCCAAUGGGAAACCGCACACCCCUACUCCCACUGGCCGGGACCCCCAGACGUAUACAGCUGGUGACAAUCGUGCUGAGAGGCUAGGCAACGGUCAUGAGUGUACAACACCCGAGAUAGCCGUCAGCCACACACAGCAGGAGAUGAAAGUUCAGCUGGAGAAGUCCCCAGAGUCUGAUUUCAAGGCUCGGGCAGGAGAGGAACGCAUACCGUCAGCCACUGUGUCCAGUGCUGUGAGCAGCCACAAGGCUGAAGACUCCACAAACAGAACAGAGAGGCAAGGGGAGGCUGAGGCUGAGAGGACCGAAUCCUCUACUGUAGUGAGAAAGUCCAAGGAUGGGGCUGACCAGGCCACUCUAACACCAACCCAGCAGUCAGGAUCAGGGGAGCCUGUGACUCCAACACCAAGCAAGCAGUCAGAGUUCACUAGCAGUACAGAGGAGGAGAAGAAGGACCAGUCUAAAGAGGAACCUCUGGAGAUUAAGCAGCUGGAAGCAGUUCCAGAGCCAAUGGUGAACCUCAAUUUUGUGAAGAACGACUCGUACGAGAAAGGCACAGACCUAAUGGUGGUCAACGUUUACAUGAAGAGCAUCUGCAGAGAGACGGCCAGGGUGAUCUUCAGGGAACAGGACUUCACCCUCCUCUUCCAGACCAGCGAUGCAAAUUUCUUGCGCCUUCAUGCUGACUGUGGAGCGAAUACAGUUUUUAAGUGGCAAGUCAAACUCAGGAACCUCAUCCAGCCUGAGCAGUCUACGUACUCCUUCACCCCGUCCCGGAUAGACAUCACUCUGAAGAAGAGACACAGCCAGCGCUGGGGGGGCCUAGAGGCCCCCGCUACACAAGGUGCAGUGGGGGGCGCCAAGGUUGCUGUGCCCUCCGGGCCGUCAUCUCAGACUAGUCAGCCGGGCAGCAGCCAGCACACCCUCCCUGCCAAGGAGGAGCCCCCCCGGGCAGAAGACGGAGGCCUGGACAAUGUGUCCGCCCGUACCGUCUCAGACCAUGCCCCUAUCAAACAGGAGCCUGCAGUCAUGCCCAAGCCCACGUGUAUGGUCCAGCCCAUGACCCAUGCGCCUCCUGCUGGCAGCGAGCGCAGUGUUGAGGAGGAGGAGGAAGAGAAGGUGUGUGUGCCAGGCUUCACAGGCCUGGUCAACCUGGGCAACACAUGCUUUAUGAACAGCGUCAUCCAGUCUCUGUCCAACACCCGUGAACUCAGGGACUACUUUCAUGACCGGGCGUUUGAAACUGAGAUUAACUGUAAUAACCCAUUGGGGACGGGUGGUCGGCUGGCCAUCGGGUUCGCUGUGUUGCUGCGGGCUCUGUGGAAGGGUACCCACCAUGCUUUCCAGCCCUCCAAGUUAAAGGCGAUCGUGGCCAGUAAGGCCAGCCAGUUCACAGGCUAUGCCCAGCACGAUGCCCAAGAGUUCAUGGCCUUCCUCCUGGAUGGUCUCCAUGAGGACCUGAACCGCAUCCAGAACAAGCCCUACACAGAGACGGUGGACUCAGACGGACGGCUGGACGAGGUGGGUGAAAUAGAGGUGGUGGCGGAGGAGGCGUGGCAGAGGCACAAGAUGAGGAACGAUUCGUUCAUUGUGGACCUCUUCCAGGGCCAGUACAAGUCCAAGCUUGUCUGCCCUAUGUGCUCCAAGGUUUCCAUAACUUUUGACCCCUUCCUCUACUUGCCUGUGCCCCUGCCCCAGAAGCAGAAGGUCCUCACCGUGUUCUACUUUGCUAAAGAGCCUCAUAAGAAACCCAUCAAGUUUCUGGUGAGUGUGAGUAAAGAGAACUCGAGCACCGCCGAGGUCCUGGAGUCAAUCUCUCGGAGUGUGAGGAUCAAGGCAGAGAACCUGAGACUGGCAGAGGUGGUGAAGAGUCGCUUCCACAGGAUUUUCCUCCCCUCCCACUCCCUGGACACGGUCUCCUCUUCAGACAUGCUCUUCUGCUUCGAGGUGCUAUCUAAAGAGCUGGCCAAGGAGAGGGUGGUGGUGCUCAGAGUCCAGCAGAGGCCUCAGGUCCCCAGUAUCCCCAUCUCGAAGUGUGCUGCCUGCCUGAAGCCUCCCCUCUCAGAGGAGGAGAAGCUGAAACGCUGCACCCGCUGCUACCGCGUAGGCUACUGCAAUCAGGCUUGCCAGAAAAAUCACUGGUCCAACCACAAGAGUCUGUGUCACCCCAACAUGGAGAACGUGGGGCUUCCUUUCCUGGUCAGCGUCCCCGAGUCCAGACUCACCUACACCCGUCUGUCCCAGCUGCUGGAAGGAUACUCAAGGUAUUCAGUGAACGUGUUCCAGCCUCCCUUCCAGUCUGGCAGAACGUCCCCAGAGGGCACCCAGUGCCGUGUUGACCUCCCCCCUCCAGCAGAGACCCCUGAUGGUGUGGGGCCAGGGGAUGAAGCUAGGGGCGGUGGGGUGGGGGACUCUGAUCAGGAGAGCCCCUUUCUGGUCCCUGAGUCUCCAUUAGAAACAGCCCAGGCUUCAGCACACCCAGCCGGAGAUCCAGACGCCCUCUCCACCCGCACCAUAGACUCUGGCUUCUCUGAGCCCUCCUCCUGCUCCCACGACCCCGAGGGAGAGAAGGAGACCUCCUGUGAGAAGGCUGUCAGGCCAGAAGCUGCAGUGACAGGCUACCAGCAACCAUCAGAAUCUGCGUCCAGCCACGCUUCUCAGUUCUACAUCUCCAUCCUCGACUCCAACAGCAAGGAGCAGAAACUGGAGGAAAGGGAAGAGGCUGUUCUGGACCUCCCUGACGAAUCCACCCUGGCACUAGUGUGGAAGAACAACGAGCGUCUCAAGGAGUAUGUGCUGGUCCGGUCCAAGGAGCUGGACUUUAAGGAGGACCCUGGGUCGGUCAGUGAGACGGCCAGGGCUGGACACUUCACCCUGGAGCAGUGCCUUAACCUCUUCACUAGGCCUGAGGUGCUGGCACCAGAGGAGGCUUGGUACUGUCCAAAGUGCCAGCAGCACAGGGAAGCCUCCAAGCAGCUGCUGUUGUGGCGUCUGCCCAACGUCCUCAUCAUCCAGCUCAAGCGCUUCUCCUUCCGCAGCUUCAUCUGGAGGGACAAGAUCAAUGACAUGGUCGACUUCCCUGUCAGGAACCUGGACCUCAGUAAGUUCUGUAUUGGUCAGAAGGAUGACAUGCAGCAGCCGCCAAUCUAUGACCUCUAUGCUGUCAUUAAUCACUACGGGGGUAUGAUCGGAGGUCACUACACAGCCUACGCACGCCUGCCCAGUGCCCAGAACAGCCAGCGCAGUGAUGUCGGCUGGCGUCUGUUUGAUGACAGCACAGUGACGACAGUUGAGGAGAACCAGGUGGUGACACGCUACGCCUACGUGCUGUUCUACCGCCGCCGCAACUCCCCCGUGGAACGACCACCUCGCUUCCUAGGGCCGCUCGGGGUCGAGUCCCCCACCACUGCAGGAGCCACCGCCAGCCAGGCCUCUAGCCAGGCCCUCUUUGGGACAGACCUGGACCCUGAAGGACCCCCUCCGCUGACCCCAGAAGUGACCUCUGAGCUGUUUGCACACUCUGGAGAAUGUGCUACUCCGUCCUACAGCAACAUGGAGGAGGUGGACUAGGGCAUAGCUGAGGCGCAACCGACACGGCGUAAAGUUCCAGUUGUGGAAAUAUUCUCCUCAGUAAAAGACACUUCAGUGCAUACUAAUUAACUCGGCAUCUUUAGGGUGUCCCUCACUGGUGCAAUGCUAGAAAUUAAAGAACUGGUUCUGUGGCCGAAAGACCAGCACAUGUACCAGCACAAGACUCACACAUUUUCCACGUUCAUCUGUAUUUACACAACAACCGAUCCAGACCAACUCAUGCUGUAUAUGUAGUAAUAUCCAUGCAAUGUAUUUCCUUACACAUACUAAGCGCACACACGCAUACAAAUGGCAUGUUUGCACAUACAACAAAAGCCUCCACACUCCUGUUGUCCUAGAGCCUCUGGGUUGCAGCCCAUUGUUGGCUGAUAGAAUGCACCUUUGUUUGGGUAUCCCCUAAAACGCCACUUUAAAUGACACCUAUUUAUCCCAUGAUCAUGCUUUGGCUCAGAGGUCACAAAGGGAAGUCGCCAACACCAAACUAAUUCACCCCCCAGAACAACAACCUGUUGUGAAUGAGGGGAAAACGUGAGGUGGGAGGAUGGGAGAUGUGUGUGUGUGUGUGUAAGCAAGCAUUUGUUUUUAUUUGAUACUUCUCAUUGAGGUAUUGCCUGGUCUGAUGUGUUUUGUAAUUUCUGUUGGAUUCUGUAAACUGGGUUGAAAUUGUAGCAAUUGAUGUAAAAGUGUGACGGUGCAGAAAUUUAAGGUAGACUCAGCGGUGUGACCGAUGCAGAGAGUAAAUGGCAUAGUGGGUCUAAUUCUGAAACUGAGUGUGGCCACGCUAGGCUAAGUUUCUCUGCUGUUUUGGGGCCUUGGCUACCACACUGUGAACAGCUUGAAGCGAACCCAUGCAGAUACACAGUAUGACCGUGUGAGAGCAAGGUGUUGCAUGGUGGGGUCCCUAAUAAAUACAAAAGUGUUGCAUCUCGCUCAUCCCUCUGGUGCUGCUUAUGGCCACGACAUUUCACCGAGUCUACUGUUUUAAGUUUUUAACAAGUUACUGUCUUUCUGUUUACUACUUUCAUACUCACCUGGAUUUAGUUGCUUUCCUUUAGAUUUAUUUUAUAUUUACUUGGUAAAUUAUCCAAUCCUGUGGAUGCAAUUUUUGACAAGAUACCGGCUUAAUAUACACUGAAAUGUGCAUGUUGAUACACAGUAGCACUAGAAUAGAAUGCGGUUACCUCUCCUGCUACAUAUCUUUAUUUCUGUUUGAGUGGACUGUCUUGUACACCCCUCUCCUCCCUUCCUUUGUAAUGGACUGCAUAUAUAAAGUCGGGAUUAAUGAGAAUGCUGCUGUGAAUAUAAUAAAUGGUUUAAUAUAAAUAAAACCCUUUUUUGAGAAGCGCUAAAA